UUCUAAAUAAACACUGUAAUCAAUAGUGUCUCCCUACCCCCAUGGUUUGAACAAACCUGUAACAUUUCCAAUCUGGAUCCAGACAUCAUGAAGACUCUCUUGAUUUUGUUUAUUUUAAUUAAUCUGGACAAAGGAUACUGCACAGAAAAACUCGACCAAGUUUUAUCAAUCACCCCAAAAACACAGGAACAAGUGGAAGUCUUGCAGAAUAUAUCCACCCAAUAUGAGACCGCCUUAUGGCAGCCUGUUUCACCUAAUUACAUCAAAGAAGAGACGCAAGUCCACCUGUUUGUUCCUGCAAACAGCUCAGAGAUUGUCAAGAAUCUGCUACAGCAACACACCAUAACACAUGAGGUUUUACUGGCCAACGCCAAUGAGUUGAUUGAAAUGCAGACGAAAAAUGACUCCACAGACCCACGAAGCAGCUCGACUUUCUACGAGAGAUAUCACAGUCUGGAGGAUAUCUACUACUGGAUAAACAGGACAACACAGGACAACCCCACCACAGUCAAGGCCAUUCUCAUUGGCUCCUCAUAUGAAAAGCGACCACUAUAUGCUCUAAAGUUAUCUCUAAAUAACAGACCAAAUAAGAAAGCAAUAUGGAUCGACUGUGGGAUCCAUGCCAGAGAGUGGAUUUCUCCUGCUUUUUGCUUAUGGUUUGUACAUCAUUCUUUGUCAUUUUACGGGCAAAACCAAGACAUUACUAAGAUACUGGACGACAUGGAUGUCUAUGUCCUGCCUGUUAUGAACCCUGAUGGAUACAAAUACACAUGGACGACAAAUAGGAUGUGGAGGAAGAACCGCUCCUACAGCAGGAGCAACAUUUGCGUCGGAGUCGACCUCAACAGAAACUUUGAUGCCAAUUGGUGCACGGAGGGAGCCUCCUCUGAUCCCUGCACUGAGAUCUACUGCGGUGCGUUCCCCGAGUCGGAGCCGGAGACAGAGGCCGUGGCCAACUUCCUGCGUAGUCACAAGAAUUCGAUUCAGCUCUACUUCACCAUCCACUCCUACUCUCAGAUGCUGCUCUUCCCAUUCUCCUGCACCUUCGAUCAAGCAGAGAACCACUCAGACCUGCUUGAGAUGGCCCAAGAAGCUGCCCAGAAAAUCAGAAGAUAUUACAGGAACAUCUAUCAAUAUGGCUCUGGAGCAAAGACAAUAUAUCUGGCUCCUGGUGGUUCUGAUGACUGGGCGUACAACCUCGGCAUCAAAUACUCCUUCACAUUUGAGCUCCAGGACCGCGGGCGUUACGGCUUCCUCCUGCCUCCGUCUCAAAUCGCCAAGGCCUGUAAUGAAGCUCUGACUGCUGUGAAGACCAUUGCUCUGAAGGUUAUAGAGAAAACACAAGCUCAAUCAAGUUCUCCUCUAACUGCCUGAGCAGUUACACCUGCCAUACAGGAUGAAAGUUCCAUUUUUGUGAAUGAAGCCUACAGUGAAGUAUCAGUAAAAGCCUGUAAGAGCUACAAUUACAGUACACAAUGUAAGGGAUAUGCUAUAAGGAGGUAUAUAUUGCAGUAUAUAACAUAUAUAAUGGGUGUCUAUUUUGGAGAAAUCCUUUUGAAUAUUUUCAUAUAUCAUACACUCAAUCAUAUGAAUGAUGCAGACAAGUGGCUGCAUUUUAUUGAUCUGUAAAACAAAAAAUAAACUGAUUGAAGUUACAGAUUAAA